CUCUUUACCCUCCUCCCCCUGCAAACCGUGCUAGGCAUCGUUGCGCGUCAAAACAUUGCGUCUGUGCACGACUUAUUACCAGGGCCCAGAAGACUCGGAGACAAGGCACACAAAGACGACAAGACGUUUGUUCCGACCGGAGCUUCACGCAGAUUUUUAGGAUUGGCACUGCCACACGGAAAACGAGGAGGUGCGACAUUUUUGGAAGGCAACGCGGAGGUGCCCUUUUCUCCCCCUCAAAGGUGUUUACCUCCCGACCCACCGCCCAUCACGGCCCUCACCUGUGUGUUGCGGUGCUUCCCUUGUGAGCCGACCUGGGCCGGCAGUCCCUUUUUGCACCGCCCGCCUACUCCGCCCAUGGUCAGAAUGACGCGCUCCAAGACUUUUCAGGCUUACCUGCCGAGCUGCCACCGGACCUACAGCUGCAUCCACUGCCGGGCCCACCUGGCAAACCACGACGAGCUCAUAUCCAAGUCGUUCCAGGGCAGCCAGGGCAGAGCCUACCUGUUCAACUCAGUGGUGAAUGUAGGGUGUGGUCCUGCAGAGGAGAGAGUUCUGCUCACAGGCCUCCACGCCGUAGCAGAUAUCUACUGUGAGAACUGCAAGACCACGCUGGGCUGGAAAUAUGAACAUGCCUUUGAGAGCAGUCAGAAGUACAAAGAGGGCAAGUUCAUCAUCGAGCUGGCCCACAUGAUCAAGGACAACGGCUGGGACUGAGCGACAAGGACACGACCGCAGUGGAAGGGGACGGGCUUGGGUGAAUGGAUGGGGAGGGUGGGAGGGUGUUGGGGGUCUAGUGGGUGAGUGUGUGACUUUGGUUUGGCUGAUUUACCAUUAACCUCUCUGUAAGUCCCUGCCCAUCCCUCCCUACAGCGCCUCUUAAACACACCAACACUCACACGUGACUUGCGUCAGGUCGCAGACAUCCGAGCCAGGCGGGCUGGCCAAUGACCGCGUGAGACAAGACCAGUCUCUUUUCCUUACUGAAACCUGAUUCGCUAUCUUUAAAGGUUUGCACACACAAGUAGAGUGUGCGGUAAAAAGCAUCCAGCAGUCGACCUUGCUCGACUAUUCUUCCUCCCCCCUAUAGAUAGCGAUGACCUAAGGUGAUUAUAGCAAAUCGACUUGAUUGGGGCGGUGCCAGCUGGGCCAGUCAUGAGGUUUGGCACGAAGGCCCGAGCACAUGGGUCACAGCGGGUGGGUGCGGGGAUUGAUGCUUACCAGGCUAGGUUCACUAAACACAAAACGGGAGGGGGCAUAGAUCCUGUUCCAGUUCUCCAGGGGCUUUGAUGGCUUCUGGCUGGGAGCCGGUCCAGCUCGGGGCGGCUUCUUUGAAAGAGAUACAGCAGGACCGCCUCAUAAACCUCCCUGCUGCACCCAAGAAGUUUGGUUUGAAAUUAGCCGUUUAAAGUGAUCUGCAGAGUCUCAAGUGGUCCCCAAAAGGCUUGAAAGACACGAGAGCCAUCGGAAACUAUGAUCGUUAACUACUUUUAAUUCAAAGAAACGGUCAAAGCAUGGCUCGUUUUCAUAGUUCUACAUUGAAACUAACGUUUCACAUAGUGGUGUGCAUUCUCACUUACAGGAAAAACUUUGUUUACGUGACCUUGUCUUCAUCGUCGUCCGUUUUUUUUGCCAGUCACACACAAACACGUCCCUGCAGUGAAUUCCCAGAACAAUGACCUACUCUUGCUGGUGGCUAAACAAUAGUGUAAUAUCCGACUACAUUGUAAUAGCACACUGUUUUUUCUGUUCACACAAACUGCUCCAGUGGUGAUUGUUUUAACUGCUCUUAACAUAAACUUUCUCACUGGUGUCCUCUGCAGUAGACGUUUGUUUUUGAUUUCUUCCUUUCAGUAAAUGUUUGCUGUAUUUUGGCCAUAAUUUUAGUUGUGUAACUCCAUUUUACAUGAUUUUUCCUAAGAGGGUUAUUAUUAGGCCUCUUACUGGAUCAAAUAUUGUCCCACAAAUUAUUGCUGAUGAUUGAUAUUGUCAGCAUUAUUUCGAGACCAAAGUAAGCACUAAUGUAAUCAUAAUGUAUAAUAGUUUAAGUAUUCCUUUCAAACACAGACUUUGAAGUUAUCAUUAGUUUUUAAACCAUUGUAACGGGAAGGUAAAAAGCUUUUUUUUUAAUGUAACCUUAAGAAAUAGAAAUUAAAUAGACUCUCAAUCUGUGUUAGCAAAAAUUGCACUUAGUUGCAAAGAUGCAGUUUUUCAACAAUUGGUAAACUGUGUCAGGUGGUUUGUUUUGUUGUCUUUUUUUGUUACCAUCACUUUCCAACAAAUUUGGCAUACUUGCUUGUUUGUCCUUGCUCACUUGUUUGAAGCCAAAAUAUUCACACACUGGAACCAUUUGAUUUGAGAUCACCUUUUUCCUCAUAAUGUUUGUUACCUUGCGGUGCUUCUCGGGCGAAACUCUCUGUCAAUGCAUCCUGAGUGUGUGUAAGCUAGUGGUCCCGCCUCCGCCCACAGAGUCAAAGAUUGCGAAUGACUGACAAGAGGGUUCUUGUCGUCCACUUAAUUUUGCUAUUGAAUAAAGGCGCAAAUGUGCUGCGAGUGAAGCAUAGAGCGAACCCUUUCGUAGUCUGUUUGAAAGCGAGAAACGAAGAAAACACACACACGUGGUAAUUUAUUAAUGACGGCUAAGUUAUCGAGUUCAUUUUCAUUUACCGUUCAAAUAAUUGAUUUAUCGGCCCAUUUUGAUCUAUUUUAAUGUCCAAUUAUUUCACAGGUGUCCAAUACACUGGCAGUUAUUUGAUAAUACCACAAAACCAAACAGGACAAAUAAGUCCUUUUUUUUUUUUUAAAAAAGCAUUAAACAUUUUAGAUACAUUUUUUUUCACUCAAAUCUUUUAAUCAAUUUCAGCCUUAAAUAUAUUUUUUUUACUUUAAACUUUUUAAUGCCUUUUGAUAAAUAUGAUGUCAUAUAAAUUUGCAAAACAUGAGCUAUUUUACUAAUUUAAACCUCUGACAUCAUUUGAUCAAAAGGCCUUCAAAAUGGUCAAAUAAAAAAAACAAAAAACAUUACGUUUGAUAUUUUUGUUUAAGACUGAAGUUUAUUGAGACAAAACAAUAAGAGUUAAAAGAAAUAUGAAUCCAACAUAUUUGUACACCAUACAAAAACGUAAGGACUUUUUAUUCCUGUUUGGCUUUGAAAAUAAUUAAAAUCUAAUGUCCCCGGAAGGUUACAUUUGGAGAAAAAAAACACACACACACAGACAAAGGUCCACUGCAGAAGACACUGUUUCCCAGGAGGGUUUGAAAUGUGUAAGAAGGAUCCACCUGUUGAUCUCCAUAAUGUAGUAACAUAAAAAAAACAUUUGUAGGUCAUAUUACUUUGACUCCUUGUGCAUUAGAGGAGCUUUUUUUCCCCUCCCUCUGCGAUUCGAGUGCUACUCUGGUGGAAAUGUUUCAAAUGAGAGAAUCCAUUUCAUUUUCCGUCUCGUAAAUCGCACCACAAAUAUACAGUCUGCAUGAGCUAAAGUGCAGGGUAGUCUUCCUCAGAGAGGAGAAGCGGGUACUGAAAGUGGCGCCAUUUCUGUGCAAUCCAGUCAUAACAGAUGUAAAAUUUUUCAGGAAGUAGAACGCCUGUCCCCUCAGGAUUCCUGUCAUCGUCUUGUUGUUUCUGAGAUUUUCAAAACAGGAACAUUGCUGUAAAAAGACCCCCAUGUUGGAAUCUGGUCCACAACCAAAGAAAGCACCUGUCAACACUAACCUGACCAAACAAAAUGUUCCCUAUUUUGCUCGGGCAACGUUGUGCAAAACGAUGGUGUGUAUUAAUAGCUGAACGCCAAGGUUGUGCGUAGACUUCUCUGUAUGUAUCUUUUAUUUUGUAAACAACAGAUCUUAAUAUAUGAAUAUAUUGUAUUUACUGCAUUCACCAUUUAUGUCAACCACCGUGUUACUGAAUGUAAAUAGUGUUCAUGUUGUCAUGUUUUAUCUACAAGCCCUACGAUGAUGAAUGAAUUUGAUUUGGGUCAUGUCACACUUUCUCUCUGGUUGGCUCUACAAAAUGACUUUAUUUUUUUUUUACCCAAAAUGUUUUGAUUUAAAAGUCUUUUGUAAAGAGAGAUGUUGAUGUUGACUUCAUAUUUUUGGAUCAUCAUCUAAUAAAAUGGACCUUGACAAGUA